AUGACAAUGAAAACUCCGUACCAACACCAGCAAUUCAAGUUCGACAUCAAACCAACAGUUUCCAAUGGCUUCCAAGACCUUCCUCCCGUUGCCCCACGCCGCACCAACGGAGAAUACAUCUCGCCACUUCAUGAUCUCUUGAACCUCGAUGAAGUCAACUCCAGAGACACCAAUGAAUAUUCCUUGAUGCUUCGUUACGCAAUCAAACCAUGGUUGCAGUCCAGGCUCGCUCCUUUGGGAAUAAUGUUGGCGAUCGAGAGAUCAGACACUAAAAAAAUCGUAUUCCGUUGCCGCCACAAAACUCCAAUAACCAGAAGUGAGGAAAAUGGUGCCAAUAUGAAUGGUGAAGACACUGAAGACGAAGCAUCCAAGAAUGUCGAAGGAAACUCGGUAGUUAAAAACAUUAACGCCGUGAAUUUGAAUAAUGCCACCGGUGUCAAUGAGGCGGAUAUUUCUUCUGAACGUUCCACAAAAUACAAAUCUUGCUGUUUCAAGAUACGGGCAAAUUACUCUAAAAAAGCUGAAAAAUGGAACAUUUCCAUUGUAAAUGACAAGCACAACCAUCCAUUGAUCCCUAACAAGGCAUUCAUGAACUCUGAUAUGCCUAUUGAUAUCUCUCAUACCAGAAUUCCUAACUUUCCCCAGCCUCCGACUCAACCACUUCUCCAGCCACAGCAGCAGCAGCAACAACAACAACAUCCACAACAACAACAACAUCCACAACAUCUCACCACCCAUGAUGUUUCGCAAAUGCAAGCCCAACACGCCCAAAAUCAACAGGCUUUGAACCAGUUGGGAGUAACUCCAAACUACUCGUUGAUCGCCGCGCAACUUUACGAAGAUCAAACUGUACAUCACAAUGCUGCCACUGCCGCAGACCAUGAACAGCUCGAGAAGCUCGUUCAAAGGGCUGCUGCUGCCGAUAAGCGCCUCAACGAUAAAUGUGGUGAGUUUAUGAGAUUGGCAAAUGAAAUUGUGAUCGAUCGUGUAGUGAAACGUGGAUUGGAUAUAGAAAAUGGAGUGCUUGAAGAAAAUGAUAAAAUAAGAAUUUUGGAUGAAGCUUGCAAAGAAAUCUAUAAAGUAUUGGAGAAAGAAAAAAUCCCUUUUUGGUAG